AUGUCGUUGGGCCACCCCGAGCUCAUCGAGUACACCGCGACCAAGGGCGCCACGAUCGGGUUUUGCGCGCGCGCUCAGCAACCAGAUCCUCGGCGACCAUGGCGUCCGCUGCAACACCGUUGCGUCCGGCCCGAUCUGGACGCCGCUCAUCCCAGCGACGAUUUCCAAGGAGUCUAUCGAAAGGCUUGGCACCAGCGUCCCUAA